AUGAACGCCAGACAGCACGAGCUGAGAUUGACCGUUGAAGUCCGACAGGUCACCGAUGCCGUUGAAUGCAUAUUCCACUCGCUUUUCCUUCACAGAACACUGCCAAAGUUCUAUUUCCAAGCGGAGAAGAAGUUCAACCUUGGCUCGAUAGGCAUCAUUGAGGUCAAUUGCGAGAAUAUCGAUAUCACAUAUGCUCGCGUCAAUUCGCCGGAACUUGCCAUGUGCAUCGAGGAGAACAUCAGAACGUUCAAAUCCGAUGUUGACGAGGCGUGCUGUUCGGGAUCGGCGCCUCGGCGAACACCGUCGGUUGGUAGUCCGUCGGACAGUGCAGUGCCGCUGCUCAGUGCGCAAAUCGGCGUCGAUUUUUAUCAGAAAUUGAGAAGACAGUCGGUCGGAGGAUCGCUCGGUUCGUGGAUUGGAGGUACUACCAACGAAGAUCAGACCUGGGAGCAGUGGAAGCUCUAUCUUGACAUUUUCCGCGUCGAAAGCAUAGACGAACUCGCCGUAAUGCGACAAACAGUUGCCGACAAAAUCGGUGAAAUGGUUUUGGACAUGUGCGAGCGCAUCAAUCAAUCGCUUUAUACACCGAAAAUGCCAUCAAAAACUGAGGUCGGCGACAUCUUCGAGACGAAAUUCGUCGAUUCGCAACCAUAUUUGUUCAAGAUCAAACGUCAAGCGGUGCCAAAUAUUCCGACUCGUCCAAGCUUCUCACAGAUCGCGUUACAAAGAAUCUGGAAGGACGUGCUCUCAUAG